CCUUUCUGUUUUCAGCUACGCCGAGAAUGACGUCUUCAAUGAAGCAUGUUUCUGGGGAGUUUUAACGUUGCUGCUUUCAACCUGGACACCCAGAGUGUCGUGGAGAGAACUGGAGCCCAGGGCAGCCUCUUUGGGUUUUCUAUUGCCUUCCACCAGCAGCUGAACCCUGCCAAAAAGAACCUAUUGCUGGUAGGAGCCCCACAAUCAAAGCAUCCAUACCUGGGGAAUGUUACAGGCGUCGUCUAUCAGUGUGAACUUAGUGCAUCUUCCCAGCAAUGUCAGCCCAUUGACUUUAAACAUGAAGAGUUCCUUGAGAGCAGUGGUAUAAAUGGCCAGUGGAUGGGAGUGAGAGUAACGAGCCAAGGUCCUGGUAAAAAUGUCAUGACUUGUGCUCAUCGGUAUCAGCAGUGGAGCCCAAGUCCAGGCCUUUACAUCCCUCACCUGGUGACAGGCCAGUGUUACAUUCUGGCAGACAGCCUGCAGGUCGGGAAUGAGGACAGGACAUGGAGGAGGGUGGUUUGCGAUUCCGAACACCUGACAAGACGUCAGAAAGACCACGAGUGGUUUGCAUAUUGCCAACAGGGUCACGGUGCAUCUUUUGCAAAGGACAACAGGUCCCUGGUCUUUGGCGCUCCGGGCGCUUAUCAGUGGAAAGGAAUUGUGCGAAUGGAGCUGCUGGACAACCUGGACAUCUCAAGUGAGGAUACUCGAGAAACUGGCGAUAUCGACCGCUUUGACUCCAAACUCAUUCCUCUCCACAGAGAUAGCUACCUGGGAUUCUCCACUGACUCUGGGAUGGCCCUCCUCAGGAGAGGUGAGCUUACUAUCGUAUCAGGAGCACCCAGAGGAGGAUACAGCGGUCAGGUGAUCUUUCUUAAGGCGGACCUUUCAGCAAGAAGAAGCUUGUCUGUAGAGUUGGUCCUCUCUGGUCCUGGGCUGGCCUCCUCCUUUGGAUACGACGUCACUGUGGUGGAUCUCAACAGUGACGGGUGGGACGACCUCGUCGUGGGAGCGCCGGAAUUCUUUGUUAAAGAUGGUUUGAUCGGAGGAGCGGUCUACGUCUUCAUCAACAACAGAGGGAAAAACUGGGAGAAGAUUAAUCCCAUUCAACUCCUCGGGCGUAAAGAUUCUAUGUUUGGACUUGCAGUGGAAAACAUUGGAGAUGUCAAUCAAGAUGGAUAUGGAGACAUUGCUGUGGGUGCACCUUAUGACGGGUCUGGUCGAGUGUACCUCUACUGUGGAUCAUCAAGCGGCAUCAAUAAAAAGGCAGCACAGGUGCUCUCGCCAGGGUCUAAAAAAGUCACUUUGUUUGGAUAUUCUCUGUCCGGUAACUUGGAUAUCGAUGGUAAUCAAUACCCCGAUUUGGCAGUUGGGUCACUCUCGGAUACAGUCUUUGUUUACAGAGCAAGGCCAGUGGUCAGCAUCAGCAGCACUCUAACAGUCACACCAAAUGAGAUAGACGUGGAAGAGUGUGAUAGACGCACAUGUUAUUUUGCGGCGCAGGCAUGUUUUAGCUACACAGCACACCCAGCAUCCUUCAACCCCAAACUGGCAAUCAGCUACUCAUUUGAAGCUGAUGUAGAGAAGCGGAAAUCCAGACUUCCACCUCGUGUGGACUUUAUGGGUCUGUCUCAGGGGACACUGGAGGUGCCUGGUCAGGGGAGGAAAGUCUGUGCCAACACCAAUCUUCGACUUGUGCGGGGCAUGAGAGACAAGCUGCACAGUAUCACUGUCUCUGCAAGUCGGUCUCUGACGGGCUCCAGUCAGGCGGUGAGGAUAGGUUUUCCAAAUAACUCUCCUGUACUCAAUCUAUACCAGGAAAAAAGAGCAGUCUCAGAGAUAAACUUCAUCAACAAGGGCUGUGGCAGUGACAACGUUUGCCAAAGUAACCUGAAGCUGCAGUACAGGUUCUGUUCCAAGAAAACUCUAAAUCAUCAAGAUGUUUUCACAUCGCUAGCCAGAGAGGACGGUGUUGCAGUCAUCACUCCUUCUGGUGAGGACGUCGCCUUGGAGAUAACUGUGACCAACAUGGACGGGGAGGAUGCACACCAGAGUCACAUGCUCAUCAAGUUACCUGACCUUCUUCACUACUCCUCUGUUUUCUACACCUCAACAUCCGAAUCACAGGUGUCAUGCUCUGCCAAUGAGAAGGGGUCAGUGAUUGAUUGUGAGCUGGGUAACCCUCUCCGGAGAGAUGCACAGGCUACAUUUUAUGUCAUGCUGACGACAACCGGCAUCUCAUUGAGCACAAAAUCUGUCAAUAUCACACUACAACUUCAGACAACAAGUGUGCAGACCUUAGAAGCGGUUGAGGCUACAGCCAAAGUGGUUUUCAAACUGGGGCUGCAAAUAUACGGGCUUGCCAGGCCAUCUCAAGUGUCAGUCAGUCAAAGGGUAAUGAGUGAAAGAGCCAUAAAAACAGUGGAUGAUGUUGGAGCUGCCAUUCAAUAUGAAUUUAAGAUAACAAAUAUGGGCCGAUCUCUAAAGUCAUUUGCCAAUGCAUCCCUGGAUAUUGAUUGGCCAAAAGAGAAUUCCGAUGGGAAACGGCUGCUGUACUUGACUCACAUCACCAGUGCAGGAGUGUAUUUUGGCUCCUGCUCACCCACCGACCAAAUCGAUCCUCUUAAGCAAGUAAAGGGAUGGCGUGGUGCCUCAAGGCAGAGGCGCGAGGCAGAAUAUGACGCACUCUCCACUGAUGGAUUCCCAUUCCUUCCACUAAGAAGGAAAUAUAAAACCCUGACAUGCUCUGAUGGACUCAAGUGCGUGCUGUUACGCUGCCCUCUAGUGGGAUUGGACAAUACUGCAUUAGUUGUUCUACAUGCCCGCCUAUGGAACGACACUCUCACACAGGAUUACAGCUCUUUCAAUUACUUGGACAUUGUUGUGGAUGCCGCUCUCAGUCUAAGCAACUCUCCUGAGAACAUUGGACUCAAGGAAGAAAAGCCUCAGACCAAGGUAAAAGUGACAGUGUUCCUGGAAAGAGAAGAUGAAUACUUCACCAAAGUCGCCUGGUGGAUCAUCUUACUGACAAUCGUCGCUGGCCUUCUGCUUCUGGCCGUCCUCUGCUUCUUCCUCUGGACGAGUGGUUGCAUCACAUGUCAGACGUGUAACAAGAAGUCCUCGCACUGUGAAGCUGUGAAAAGUGUUCCUCCUCUAAAAGCCAGAGAACAGAGUGCAGGCUCAUUUGAAUACUGAUCAUCGGAAAGACACAAAACUACAACACCGCUGCUUUUUUGAAACCAUCUUGUUAUUUACAAACAAAAAUGUUCUUUUUUGUAUUGUACAAUGAUAAUCCAGCAUUAUUUCAAAAUGUGCUUCUAUUAAAAACAAAGACUUCACAAUCAA